CAUAUUGUCGCAUAUUUUAAUGAAGGGAUUUCCAGUCGUAAGGAUGAAUGCAAGUAUCACUUUUUGACGCAUGCCCACGUCGACCACUUCGUCAAUCUUGGCAAAACAUGGAAGACACCAAUAUACUGCUCAGAGUUAACAGCUAAACUUCUGCCGUUAAUGAUGGGAAGUCGAGCGGUACCCUCGCGACUGCUGCGUCCACUCGAGAUGGGAAAAACGCAUUCGAUCGAGCCAAACCUUGACGUUACUGUACUGGAUGCCAACCACUGCUUAGGAGCUGCAAUGUUUUUGUUCGAAGGUGCAUCCGUUCCCGGCGGAGCAAUACUGUGCACGGGAGAUUUUCGGGCGGACGAUCGCCUUCUUUCUCGCUUCGACAGUGAUCCUUCGUUCAGAAGGCUAGCCAACACGUAUGUUUCCAAAAUUUAUUUUGACAACACUCACUUGAACCAUAGAGAAGAGUCGUUUCCGGAUAGAAAAGAAGCUGAGAUAAUGUUAAUGACUGAAAUGGAAAAACUGCAUGAAUACUCGAUCUUGAUACCAGUGUUCAAGCUUGGACGUGAGGAAAUCCUUGAGAAGCUGAGCCAAUCAUUUUCGGAAGUCAUAGCAACGAGCAGUCAUCGACUCAGUGUGAGGAAGGUGUGUGGAUUGGAAGGAGGAGAGUUCAGUGAGGAAAGCGAUACUAGUGCGCGAAUUUACACGUCACAAAGGCAUCCAAGGCAGGUUCUAACCAUGUUGAAGAAAAUGCAGAAUCCGAAGGCUGUUAUUGAUCUCUCUGUGCGAGGCGAGUAUGAGGGAAUAGUUAAGGAAAAGCUGAUCUCAAUUCCUUACUCGGACCAUUCUUCCCGUAAAGAGAUUGCAGCCUUCCUGUCAAGGUGA